AUGGGAACCAAAGAUAAUUCUUCAACAAAAAGAAUCAUCCCAUGGCUACGAUCUGGACAGUGUGACAUUCCUUCUCAUGAACUGCCAAACUCAGAGCACAUUUCAACAAAUCAACUUGUUGAGACAAAAACAACUGAUUUUUGGCCUACAAGUCAUUCACGAGACGAAAAGUGUAAGAAGUAUAUUAGAAAAUCAAACAAGGAAUUCAGCAAGCCUACGGUUUUGGAUACGCUAAUUAAUGAAGAAUACGAUGACUCCUUCCGAGAAUCUAAACCAUAUGCCUUAUGGAUGGCUACUGCUGUAAAUGCUGAAAGUACAGCAUUGAAUGACAGCUACUGGUCAUCACUGCAGUGCGAUAUGUUCAAGAAUCUGGCAACAGGACCAGUACUCAAUCCACAUCUUCCUCUUCAACCUCGAGUGACUUACUGGGAUUAUUUAAUGGCGUUAUAUCCCAAACGGGAUUCAAUCCAUAUUUCACAUAACUUAUUGCCUUGUCCUUAUGACACUUACAACAGUAUUAUCACAUCAAUUGAAGAGAACUCCAAGUUGCCUGUAAACGAAUGGUACCCAGGUGAGAGUAAGCAGGGGAUAAAUGGCACAAUUCCAAAGUAA